AUGAAGAAGCGUGAAGAAAUGCAAGUUAAUGUUGCUGGACUAAGGAGAAAUAUUAAAAACAUAGCACAUAAUUACUCUGAUGCUCAGGUAAAAGUGCGAGAGGCAACUAGCAAUGAUCAGUGGGGUCCAAGCAGUACGCUAAUGGCUGAAAUUGCCGACUUAACUUACAAUGUAGUUGCCUUUUCUGAAAUUAUGGCCAUUCUUUGGAAACGACUUAAUGAUCAUGGACGUAACUGGCGACAUGUUCAUAAAGCACUUAUUCUUCUAGAAUAUUUAAUAAAGACUGGCAGUGAAAAAGUUGCCCAGCAAUGCAAGGAAAAUCGUUUUGCUAUUAAAACAUUAGAAACAUUUCAACAUAUAGAAGACAAUAAAGAUAAAGGACAGAGAGUAAGAGACACAGCUACACAACUAGUAGCUUUAUUAGAUGAUGAUGAACGAUUAAAGACCGAAAGAGCGCGUGCAAUUAAAGCAAAAGAACGAUCUGCACAAAAAAUUUCUAGUUUUGGCAGUGAUGGAAAUACAACUCCACAAAGUCCUAAGUAUCCAUUGUUCCGAGAUUCCUAUGGUUUAUAUGAUACACGACCUCCUGUAAAAGCGGAACUAGAAAGUGCUCGUCCACAGACUGUUGGUGAAGAAGAAUUACAAUUACAACUAGCUUUGGCUAUGUCUAGAGAAGAAGCUGAACAAGAAGAGCAAAAAAGACGUAGCGACGAUGUGCGGUUAAAAUUGGCACUGUCUCAAAGUGAAAAUGAAUUCAAUAGUGGUUCAGAAUCUGGAGCUAAUAGUAGUAGUGGCAAGAGCAGUAAUAUGUUGGACCUAUUGGGAAUUGAUCUAGACAAUGAUGCAGAUCAAAAUGGUGCAACAGGAACAGCAGCAGACCCUUGGGGUAUGCCAAUAAAAACUCAACCACAGCCUUUAAAUUGGUCUAAUGGAGAUUUAAAUAAUGGAACGCCGGGCCGAGCUGUUGACCCUUGGUCACCUGUUACACAAAAACAAAAUGCCGCUUCUUCUACUCAUGUAUUGCCAAAUGCAAACAAUGGUGUACAUCCUUGGUUAUCGCAAAAUACAUCAGCUGCAGCAAUGGCUCCACCGGACCCUUGGGCUCCUGCAACAAUUGCUCAACCUUUAAGCAAACCAAAUCAAGAAUUUGAUGAAUUUGCUCUUUUAGGAAAUCGAUCAUUACAAGCAAAACCUACCUCGGAUCCAUUUGACCUAUCCCAUUUAAAUAACGAACUACUAGGAACUUCACAAACUUCAACGUCUGGUAAAAAGACACCACAUAGUUUCUUAGGGGAAAAUUCUGCUUUAGUAAAUUUGGAUAACCUAGUGACAGCUCCUAUUAAUCCAGCACCAGUUGCACAAAUACGACCACCUGGCAUGGCAAAUCCAUUUGGUUUAACACCACAACCUCCAUUUGCCAAUCAACCAACAGCUCCAUCUGCAUUCAGUGGUCCAACUACUUCGGCUUUGCCACCACCACUUGUGCCGUCACCAAAUCCGUUUCUGUCGUAG